CAAUAGAAAGGGUGUUGCCGUUAGACGCUCUGAUAGGACAAUUUGGAUUUUGCGUCUAAUUUGAAACUGGUAACGUGCGAGACGACGGGCGGACGGUGAGCAGCAGCAGCUGGAGCGGUGACGACGAGAGGCCUGGAGACCCGGGUACAGCGCGGCGUUGAAGACGUAUACAGUUAAUUAUUCAAAGGAGUCUUGUUCCAUGAGAGGAAGUUAUGUCUGGCUUACAGCAUAGCUACGCUUACGAUGUUCCAACUACAUUUAUUAACUUCAGCGCUCUCCACGAAGAUGACCAUAAUGUAGAUUCCUGGUUUGAUCAAGUGACAGAUAUAGAAAAUGUCCCUCCAGCACCAGAUCAAAACAUAGAAACUCCUGAAUUUGGGAACCCGCUGCAGAUACAAGCAGAUGAAAAUGUUAUGAAUCUCAGUGGUGGAAUCGCCAAGAAACAGCAGAAGACUCCGCGAACGCAGUCCAGAAGGUCUUCCAAACGCCUAUCUGCACAGCAGAGGAUAAAACAAAUGGCAAAAAUCAGAGCUGAGCGAAAGAAAGUGACUCCCAAACAACAAGAACACCCUCCCACCAAACGUCAGAAACUGUCCGCAGCAAAAAGCAAAUCCACAGACUCCACCAGCAUUGCUGAAUGUUCCCCAAAACUGAAGCCCAAGUUAUUGCCCCUCACUCCCACUGUUCUGAAGAGAAAGAAUAUGACUGUAAAGGCUAAGAAUUCAGAGGAACAAGAGCUUGAGAAGAUGCAGCAGCUUCAGCAGGAGAUGGCUGAGAGGCUAAAAAAGAAUGAAGAGUCUCUGAAGCUUGCAUUAGCAGGAGCAGGUCAACCCUUGAAGAAGAACUCUGUUCAGGCCACCAAGCCUGUAGACUUCCACUUCUGUACUGAUGACCGGAUUAAACGACAUCAAGAGGAAUCCACUGGGGAUCAAUAUAAGCAAAUGGAUUUCACUGCUGAGCUCCGCAAACACCCUCCCUCUCCGGCCCGUAUUCCAAAAGGAGGUCACACUGUCCCCAAACCUUUCAACCUGUCCCAAGGUAAUAAGCGGAAACAUGAAGAAACUGCCCCAGGGGAUUAUCUUUCUACAGCUGAGCAAGUCAUGGCAUUCUAUAAAAGGACCCCGCAACGCUUCCACUUGCGUAGCCGACAGAAAGAAAUGGCAGGUCCAUCACCAGUAAUACCUGUAAAAUUAAAGUUGACACAACCUAAGACACCUCAUCUUCAGACAAAGCAGCGGCAGCGGGCAGUUACCUGUAAGAGCGCCACAGAAUUGGAAUCAGAGGAGUUGGAAAAGCAACAUCAGUAUAAAUUCAAGGCCCAAGAGCUGAACACUAAGAUGCUAGAAGGCGGUCAUAUCCUUCCGAAGAAGUCCCACGUUAAAGAGCCCACCAUACCCAUAGGCUUUAAUUUGGAAAUUGAAAAGCGGAUCCAGCAGCGUGAGAAAAAGGAUGAAGAGGAAGAGGAGACAUUCACUUUCCAUUCCAAACCAUGUCCUACUAAGAUUCUAACCGAUGUGGUGGGGGUUCCAGGAAAGAAAGCGCUGCCUGUAACUGUACCACAGUCUCCUGCUUUUGCACUGAGGAAUAGAGUGCGCGUUCAGUCAUGGGAAGAGAUGAAGGAAGAGCCAGCACCUAUCAUUAAAGCCAACCCAGUGCCUCAUUAUGGAGUGCCGUUUAAGCCAAAAUUAGAGGAACAACGGCAGGUUGAAAUAUGUCCCUUCUCGUUUAGUGAACGUGACCAGCAAAGGAUGGAAAUCAAGGAAAAGAAACUUGACCAGCUCCGGCAGGCAGAAGCUCCCAAAUUCAGGGCUCAACCUCUACCUCAUUUUGAUCAUAUCAGUCUUCCUGAGAAAAAAGUGAAGCCAUUAACACAACAAGAACCCUUUGAUUUACAAAUUGAUAAACGUGGGGAGUCAAAGUUACAACGCUGGAAGCAGCAGGUUAAAGAAGAACUAAAACAGCAGAAGGAAAUGUCCACAUUCAAGGCACGUCCCAGUACUGUGACCCACCAGGAGCCCUUCGUGCCAAAGAAGGAUAGCCGAGUAUUAACAGAGAGCCUUUCUGGUUCCAUAGUUCAGGAAGGGUUUGAGUUGGCAACUGAGAGGCGUGCCAAAGAGCGUCAGGAAUUUGAGAAGCGUUUAGCUGAUCUGGAGACUCAGAAAAGUCUUUUAGAAGAGGAGGAGCGCAGGCAUCAAGAGGAGCAUGAGAAAGAAGAGAUCAACCGGUUGAGGCAUGAACUGGUACACAAGGCUCAUCCCAUCAGGAAGUUCAAGCAGGUGGUGCUCAAAACAAGUGAUGCUCCUCUAACAAUUCCCAAAACUCCCAAUUUUUCGGAUCGGUUUAAGAUUUAAUAGGUGGUAUGACAUGACGUCUAGAUUUAUUCCCCCAGGGACUGAAAGUGUCUUGGUUUGUAGCUACCAGUCUAUGGAUAAAAAUAAAUAAAAAGUUUUAAUAGUGUUCUCUUGGGGACGUGCAAGUUGCUGAAAGGGGGAGAUGUAAAGAGUCUUUGUAAAUACUAGUAACAUUUUAAUUUGUUUGUUUUUAAAAAAUUUGAUUAGUGUAAAUUGUUUUUUUUUUUUUAUAUAUAUAUAUAUUAUAAUAAACAUCCGGUUUAAUGCUGUUUUAUAGCAAUGCAGUCA